GUCUAUUGUCUUCUUGAAAGAAAGUGGAUGAUAUAAUAAUUUUGAUUUUUUGAGUAACCUCGUAGUGAGUGCCUCCUCUCUUUCUCCUAAUCCUCUUCGUCUCAUUCUCCAGAUUUUCAUAUUUCUCUCCUUGCAAUUGCCUCCAUCAAGAUAAUCGACACAUCUCGAACCAAAACGCUACUUCCCGAUUGUCGUUUCAAUCCCAUGGAUCCCGCACCUGCUGCGCAACGUCGUCUCAGAGCCAUUCACUCCCACCUCAUCGCCGCCGUCGAUGAUUCUUCCUCUCACCUCCGAUCCAACCCCACCGCCGGCGAGUUUGCCUCCGGUACGCUCUCUAUCUUCAGAUAACGGUUGAUAUUGCACUUGCGUGCCUCACUCGGGAAAUUGGACCAACGAGGAUAAGAUAGUGAUGUUUAUGAUGCAGUGUGGUGGAUCAAAUUCUGUGGUUUUUUUUUCCUCUCUGAGGAUGAAGUUGAUUUGUCUUUUCUGAAUUUGGGAUUGGAGGCAAAGUAAAAAGGAGUACGGAUUUAAUUAAUGUGUAUUGGAUAAACUUUUAAUCUUUUGGGUGGGUCAUUGGAAUGGCUUUAUGGGUCAUCAAAAUCCAGAAGAGGGUCAACUUUCAUGCUUUGAUAGUGCUGGGCGAUGUGAGUGGUCUUUGGUUAAUUGGAUUGUGUGGAAAGUUGUUCCCUGAGAAAAGAGAAGAUUCGGCUUGUCUCACUUUUUCAGUGUCUAGGGCACUUAAUAGUCCUGAUCGCUGAUUGGAGGGUUUUGAGAAUGAAUAUGUCCCAGUCUAUUUGUUAUCGUCCGUUCGUGCAUUUGGGGAAACUUUUGGACAUUUUUCUUCCGUUGAUGUGCACAAAAAAAUAUAAAAAUUGAAGGCAUACAGUGGUUGUCCUUUUUUAAAAAAAAAUAAAACAAAACUUGCAUACUGUUAGUGCUGUUUUUCCAUCAAAAUUGAAGUUUCACCUCAAUAAUAAUUGUAGUAAUAAGUUUUGUCCUGGUAAUGUUGGAACUUGGAAUUAAAAUUUAAAAGAACGUAGACAACAGUUUGGGAGGUGUUUUGUUGUUAUUAAUGUUUUGGUGAGGCGAACGCUUAGUACUGGACAGACCUGAAUGUUGCAUAUAUUGGUUCUUAGUUCCCACUUCAUUAUCUGGAACUUCUUUUAUUUUUAUUUAAUUCUUUAGUCAGAAGAAGCGGGGUCAUGGUUGAGAGGAGUUGGGUAAAAAAACUUUAGAUUCUGAUGCAUGAUGAAGCUUGACUUUGUGCAAUGUAUCGAUAGAAAAAUACUUGCAUUUUUCUAAUUCAUUCAAGUUAUGUGAUCUGGACAAUCACAUCACUAAUUUUGGUACGUAAAUGUUAAUUAACAGCGAUAAUUGCCUAUUAACUAAUGAUGUGAUUGGCUUAGUGCUCUCUGAAUCUGAAUUUUACUUCUAAUCAUUUUACAUCUUUUGGGGACAAUGAGAGGAGCCAAGACUCAAAUUGGAAUGCUAUUUCUCAUUCUUUGGUAACAAUCCUGAACAUUGAACAUUUUUAGUUUAAGGAAAUGAAUUUUGAAAUAGUAGACUGCCCUAAUUCUAUGGUCACUGUUGAUCACAUUACUCAAAGGUGACUGGUGAAUUUUUUUUUCUAUCCAUUGACUGAUGAAUGUUUUCAUAUACCUGGCUUAAUGGAAUUUUUACUUUACCUUCUUGCAAUUACUUUAUUCGUCAGGCAUAUGUGAUACUGUUAGUUUUGACCUUUACUCUGAGCAGAACAAGGGUAUAGUGUUGUACUCCCAGAGAAAUUGCAAACAGGAAAGUGGAAUGUGUAUAGGUCUGCACGUUCUCCUCUGCAGCUGGUGAGCAGGUUUCGUGAUAAUCCUGAAAUCGGCACCCUGCAUGAUAAUUUUGUGCGCUCAGUUGAAACUUUUCGAGACUACAAAUAUCUGGGAACACGUAUCCGUGUUGAUGGAACAGUGGGGGAGUACAAAUGGAUGACAUAUGGAGAAGCAGGUACUGCCCGGUCAGCUAUAGGUUCUGGUUUGAUUUAUUAUGGAGUCCCAAAGGGCUCCUGCAUUGGGUUAUAUUUCAUUAACAGACCUGAGUGGCUCAUCGUUGAUCAUGCUUGCUCUGCAUACUCAUAUAUAUCAGUGCCUUUAUAUGACACUCUUGGUCCUGAUGCUGUCAAGUUUAUUGUUAAUCAUGCUGUUAUACAAGUUAUAUUUUGUGUAUCUCAAACAUUAAAUUCAUUGUUGAGCUACUUGUCUGAUAUUCCAACUGUACGGCUAAUCGUAGUUGGAGGUAUGGAUGAUCAAAUCCCAUCACUUCCACCAUCAGCUGGAGUUCAGGUUAUUACAUAUUCAAAGCUACUUAAUCAGGGACAUAGCAAUCUUCACCCCUUUUGCCCACCAAAACCUGAUGACAUUGCAACCAUUUGCUAUACAAGUGGUACAACUGGAACGCCAAAAGGUGCUGUCUUGACCCAUGAAAACUUUAUUGCAAAUGUUGCUGGGGCUACUUUAGAUGAGAAAUUCAGCCCUUCUGAUGUUUAUAUAUCCUAUCUCCCUUUGGCACACAUUUAUGAACGAGCAAACCAAGUCAUGACAGUAUAUUUCGGCAUUGCAGUAGGAUUCUACCAGGGGGAUAAUAUGAAAUUAAUGGAUGACCUAGCUGCUCUAAGACCUACUAUCUUCUGUAGUGUUCCUCGGCUGUAUAAUAGAAUAUAUGCUGGUAUCAUCAGUGCUGUUAAAACAUCUGGUGGUCUGAAGGAGAAACUAUUUAAUGUUGCCUACAAUGCUAAAAGGCAGGCAUUAUUGCAUGGGAAGAAUCCGUCUCCAAUGUGGGACAGAUUAGUUUUCAACAAGAUAAAGGAAAAGCUUGGAGGACGAGUUCGUCUAAUUGUGUCAGGUGCCUCACCUUUAUCACCUGAUAUCAUGGAAUUUUUAAAGAUUUGCUUUGGUGGUCGAGUGACUGAAGGAUAUGGAAUGACUGAGAGUACAUGUGUUAUUAGCUGUAUUGAUGAGAGUGACAAACUUGGUGGUCAUGUUGGCUCUCCUAAUCCAGCCUGUGAGAUAAAACUUGUGGAUGUUCCAGAAAUGAACUAUACAUCUGAGGAUCAGCCCAAUCCCCGCGGUGAAAUUUGUGUCAGGGGUCCCAUUAUUUUUCUGGGUUAUCACAAAGAUGAAGCUCAGACGAGAGAAGUCAUAGAUGAAGACGGAUGGCUGCAUACUGGAGAUAUUGGAACGUGGAUGCCUGGUGGUCGUCUCAAAAUUAUUGAUAGGAAGAAGAAUAUCUUUAAGUUGGCACAAGGUGAGUACAUUGCUCCUGAGAAGAUUGAAAAUGUAUAUGUCACAUGCAAGUUUGUGGCGCAGUGCUUUGUAUAUGGAGAUAGCCUAAAUUCUUCUUUGGUAGCUGUUGUCGCAGUGGAUCUUGAUGUCUUGAAAGCAUGGGCUGCUUCAGAAGGCAUAACGUAUAAUGAUUUAGCACAACUUUGCAACCAUCCAAAAGCAAGGGCAGCGGUUUUGGCUGAGAUGGAUGCUGCUGGACGAGAGGCACAGCUUAGAGGUUUUGAAUACGUAAAAGCUGUCACUUUGGUGCUUGAACCAUUUACGAUGGAAAAUGGUCUGCUGACUCCAACAUUCAAGAUUAAGAGGCCUCAAGCGAAGGAAUACUUUGCAAAAGCAAUAUCUGAUAUGUAUAGUGAGCUCUCAAGAAGUGAUCCUUCUCUGAAAACGUUGUGAAAUUGAGGCCAUCAGGAGCAGCUAUUGGACUUCUCUGUAAACCCAAAAACAAGAGAGAAACUAAUAAAGACACGACUGAGAACCCCUCAUCGUAAACUACAAUUAUACGCUUCGUAAGGCAACAUAACAGAAGCAUCCAAUGGGAACGAUCUUGCAACUGAUUGUUGUAUUAUGUUGUAUCAUUUCAUCAGACUAAUGCUAGAACCCGAUUCAUAUUGAAACUUAGCUUAUGGUUCUUUAAGGUCAAAUUGCCUUACGCAAUUUUUAUAAUUUUCUUUUCAAUCGAUGUUUUUGUAAUUUUUUAAAAUAUGUUUCUUUUCAUUUUUUCCUUGUGAAUCGAUACCUACCCAUUCAAUUGCAUUUUGAUGCUUGUUUU